GCAUUUCAAAAAAGUCCUUUAAUUCGUUUUGGAAAACGAUUUGCGAUGGAAGAUGGACUUUCGGAAACUUUAGCACGUCUUCAACAACAACAGCAUCUUCUAGAUCAAGAGCAAUACCUUAAAGGCAAGAAUCGCUUUCGUCGAUGA